UAUAGCUGGGCAGUUGAAAUGUGAAGGGUCACAAUGGCAGGAUAAAUACAAGGGUCAGCAGGCUGAAGGGCUGUCGCAGACGAACGCCAGAUCUUCUCCUCGCUCUCCUCCUAAACUCAAAGAGUCAGGAUGCCUCACGCAUACCCUUUCCUCACUCCUGAGCAGAAGAAGGAGCUCAGUGAUAUCGCUCAGAGGAUCGUCGCUCCCGGCAAGGGCAUUCUUGCUGCAGACGAGUCCACCGGCAGCGUGGCAAAGCGCUUCCAGAGCAUCAAUGCUGAGAACACUGAGGAGAACAGAAGGCUGUACCGCCAGCUCCUCUUCACCGCUGAUGACCGUGUCAACCCUUGCAUUGGUGGCGUCAUCCUCUUCCACGAGACCAUGUACCAGAAGACUGAUGAUGGCAAAUCCUUCGCUGACUACCUCAAGGCAAGAGGCAUGGUAGUAGGCAUCAAGGUUGACAAAGGCGUUGUCCCGCUGGCAGGAACCAAUGGCGAGACAACCACCCAGGGUCUUGAUGGACUCUAUGAGCGCUGUGCCCAGUACAAGAAGGAUGGUGCUGACUUUGCUAAGUGGCGUUGUGUGCUGAAGAUCACCCCCACCACCCCUUCACGCCUGGCCAUCAUUGAGAAUGCCAACGUUCUGGCCCGUUAUGCCAGCAUCUGCCAAAUGCAUGGUAUCGUACCUAUUGUUGAGCCUGAGAUCCUCCCUGAUGGUGACCACGACCUGAAGCGCUGCCAGUACGUUACAGAAAAAGUCCUGGCGGCUGUUUACAAGGCCCUCUCUGACCAUCAUGUUUACCUGGAGGGUACCUUGCUCAAGCCCAACAUGGUUACCGCUGGGCAUUCCUGCUCACACAAGUACAGCUCCCAGGAGCUUGCCAUGGCAACUGUAACUGCCUUGCGCCGCACCGUGCCACCUGCAGUCCCCGGUAUCACCUUCCUGUCUGGUGGCCAGAGUGAGGAGGAGGCUUCCGUUAACUUGAACGCAAUGAACCAGUGCCCUCUGCACAGGCCCUGGGCCCUGACUUUCUCAUUUGGCCGUGCUCUGCAGGCCUCCGCACUCAAAGCCUGGGGUGGCAAGAAGGAGAAUGGAAAAGCAUGCCAAGAGGAGUACAUUAAGAGAGCUCUGGCAAACAGCCAGGCCUGCCAGGGCAAAUAUGUUUCCACUGGAAGCAGUGCUGCUGGUGGGGAGUCCCUCUUUGUUGCAAACCAUGCUUAUUAAGCAAGGACACUCACUGAUAUCCUUUACACGUCCUUCCCAGUAUCACAUCACCACAGAAAAUAACAUGUCUGCCUAGGCAAUGCCUUUGAAACUGUCUCUCUGCUACUGGACAACAUCAUUCUUGGGCAAAAGUGAAAGAUGGAAACCUCUUCCUUGAGGUUGCUACAGCUUGAAGAUUCUGACAAAAUGUUCUGCCUCCAUUCCCUUAUCUUUUAAACACCUUUUUCCAAAGUGAAGUUUCCCACGUUUUUACACAAUUC